ACUAGUUUGGUAGUUCGUCGUUCACUUUUGAUCGCUUCGGAAGCUUAUUUCGCGAGCUAGUCUUUAGAUGGUGAAAACUCUUGUCAGUUGUAAAGGAGUGUUGUUGCACGAAAGAAUUGUUGUUUCUUAUAAUUGCAAUAUUAUUUAAAGGUUGAGUAAGGCGUGGCCUACUCACGUACUGAGAACUUGAACAAAUAGCAAACCAGAAUGUCGACCGAUCGUCAGUUGGACGUGAUCAUCUUCGGUGCCAGUGGGUUCACCGGCAAGUACACCAUCUACGAGGGUAUCAAGGUCCUUGCCGGUCUCAAAUGGGGUAUUGCCGGUCGCAGCAGGGACAAAUUGACUAAGGUCCUGCAGGAAGUGGAGAAAAAAGCUGACAAAGAUCUAUCGGAAACUCCGAUCGUCAUCGCCGAUGUUAAGGACGCGGAAUCGCUGAAGAAAAUGGCCGAACAGUGUCGAAUUGUGGUCAACUGUUGCGGUCCCUACCGAUUCUAUGGUGAACCGGUGGUGCAAGCAUGCAUUGAAGCUGGGACACACCACGUGGACGUCAGCGGUGAGCCACAGUACAUGGAAAGCAUGCAGCUAAAGUACAAUCAACAAGCCAAGGAGAAAGGAGUGUACGUUGUGUCCGCCUGUGGUUUCGACAGCAUUCCAGCUGACUUGGGAACUGUGUUUCUUCAGAAAAAAUUUGAUGGAGUGGUUAAUUCGGUUGAAACGUUCCUGGAAACAUCGCAGAAAGCUAAAGCAACUGGAGGAGCGAUGCUGCAUUACGGGACAUGGGAAUCGGCCAUUUACGGACUGGCCCACGCCAAUGAGUUGCGUGGAAUCAGAAGUCAGCUGUACCCAACGAGAGUACCGAAUUUUCAACCGAAACUAAAAGACCGCCCAAUACUGCACAGGACAAAAUUCGUGAACAACAAGUGGUGCAUGCCGUUCCCAGGUUCCGACCGAUCGGUUGUAAUGCGAUCGCAGCGGUAUUUUUAUGACGUCGAGCAUAAGCGACCGGUGCAGAUGCGGGCCUAUGUGACUUUUAGCUCGAUCGUGGAAGUUAUUGGAGUCAUUCUAGUGGGAGCUGUUUUUGCUAUCAUGACACGUUUCAAACUCGGCAGACAGCUUCUGUUGAAAUAUCCUCGAUGCUUCUCGUUGGGUUUCGCUUCCCACGAAGGUCCCAAGGAGGAGUCUAUGGAGAACACCGAGUUCGCACUGUACUUCAAAGGUGAAGGUUGGGAAAAAGGCCAAGAACUGUUGGAACCGUCGGAUCAGUUUAAAGUUCCGCCGAACAAGAAAAUUAAGGUCAAAGUAUCCGGGACCAACCCGGGAUAUGGUGCGACGUGUGUGGCGCUGCUGUUAUCCGCUACUACUAUCCUGAAAGAAAGCGAUAAGAUGCCAUCGUCCGGAGGAGUCUUUCCACCAGGAGCCGCCUACGCCAAAACUAAGCUGAUUGAGGAGCUCUGCAAGAACGGGUUCAAAUUCGAAGUACUUAAAUAAACGCUAUUCAGAGUAAAUGCUGAUCGAUGUUUGUGAACUAAAAUAUCUACUAACGGCGUACUUUCCGGAGAGGAGGGAGGUGUUGAUGACUAAAUGCAUAGCUUGUAAAACUUAUUCUGGAUAUCACUAAUAAAACGCACAGUAUAUUACUAUUUAUUUUCUUAACAA